UCCAGCUUCCCGGGCUCCGCAGCAUCUUGGUGCGCGGCUCACAAAGAGCUGCGGCGGCGGCCCGGCGCUCGGCCUCGCUGACGGAGCGGCGGCGGCCGGCCGGGGCGGCAGUGCACCCGCGCGGCCCCGCGCCCGCACCAGUCUCUGGAGCAUCCGAGCGUCGCUGCAUCUCGUCUGCAUCUCAUCGGGGGAGCUGACAGCCGGGCCAGGACCGAUCUGCGGAUGGCCCAGGGUCCCCAGGCGCCUGCAGCUUCCCGAUGAGAGGCUGUGUAUUGGUGGUGUGUGUGGUGAGUCACUGGCCUGGAUGACGCUGCUAGGAUCCUGUUCUUAACAUACAGUUUGGAGGCCUGACGUGGCAAUUUAGUUUCUUGUCAGCUUUUGCCGAAAGAUUUCAUCAUCAGGAGGGUUUUCGGGACCUUACCAAACCGCUAGUUUUCGUGGCUGCCCGUUGGUGACAAUGGCCGCGUGACUGCCCGCCAUGGCCCACCGGAAGCGUCCGAACACGGCGAGCAGCAUGCUGGACCACAGGGCGAGGCCGGGCCCGGAGCCCGAGAGCGAGGAUGCUGAGCUGCCCCUGGAGGAGUACGUGCCCAAGGGCCUGGAGCUGGCGGCCCUGCGGCCCGAGAGCCCUGUGCCCGCCGAGCAGGGCGGCCACGACCACAGCCCCGACGGGGACUCCAGCUCCGACUACGUGAACAACACCUCCGAGGAGGAGGACUAUGACGAGGGGCUCCCCGAGGAAGAGGAGGGCAUCACCUACUAUAUCCGCUACUGCCCCGAGGACGACAGCUACCUGCAGGGCAUGGACUGCAACGGGGACGGCUACCUGGCCCACGACGCGCACCACCUGGAGACGGACGAGUGCCAGGAGGCGGUGGAGGAGUGGACGGAUCCGGCGGGCCCGCAACCGCACGGCCACGGGGACCAGGACAGCCCCGGCUACCGGGACGGCCGCCUCCCCACCCCAGAGGUUGAGGCAUCUAUGCUGGAGGCCCAGGACCAGGAAGAGGGCGUCCACUACUGUCCCGGCGAAGAGGCCUACCAGGACUACUACCCCACUGAGGCCAACGGGAACGAGGGCAGCGCAUCCCCCUACCGCCCGAGGCGCGGGGACGGGGACCUGGAGGACCAGGAAGAGGACAUCGACCAGAUCGUGGCCGAGAUCAAGAUGAGCUUGAGCACGAGCAGCAUUGCCGGUGCCGGCGAGGCCAGCCCUGAGCAUGCGCCGCUGCGGGCGCCCGAGCUGGGGCCCGGGGGCCCCUCGGAGGCCUGCCCGCCUGCCGAGGCCCGCCGCGGCCCCAGCAGACACGAGGGCCGGCCCAAGUCCCUGAACCUGCCUCCGGAGGCCAAGCACCCCGCAGACCCCCAGAGAAGCUUCAAGACCAAGACCAGGACUCCUGAGGAGAGGCCCAAGUGGCCCCAAGAGCAGGUUUGCAAUGGUUUGGAGCAGCCGAGGAAGCAGCAGCGCUCUGAUCUCAAUGGCCCUGUUGACAAUAACAACAUUCUAGAGACGAAGAAGGUGGCAUCAUUUCCAAGUUUUGUGGCUGUUCCAGGGCCCUGUGAGCCAGAAGACCUCAUCGAUGGGAUCAUUUUUGCUGCCAACUACCUGGGCUCCACCCAGCUGCUCUCGGAGCGGAACCCAUCCAAAAACAUCAGAAUGAUGCAGGCACAGGAGGCCGUCAGCCGGGUCAAGAGGAUGCAAAAGGCUGCUAAAAUCAAGAAGAAAGCGAAUUCUGAGGGGGAUGCUCAGACGCUCACCGAAGUGGACCUCUUCAUCUCCACCCAGAGGAUCAAGGUGUUAAACGCAGACACACAGGAGACCAUGAUGGACCACGCCCUUCGCACCAUCUCCUACAUCGCGGACAUUGGGAACAUCGUGGUGCUGAUGGCCAGGCGCCGCAUGCCGCGCUCAGCCUCCCAGGACUGCAUCGAGACCACCCCUGGGGCCCAGGAGGGGAAGAAGCAGUAUAAGAUGAUCUGCCACGUGUUUGAGUCUGAGGAUGCUCAGCUCAUUGCCCAGUCCAUUGGCCAGGCCUUCAGCGUGGCCUACCAGGAGUUCCUGCGGGCCAACGGCAUCAACCCCGAGGACCUGAGCCAGAAGGAGUACAGCGACAUCAUCAACACCCAGGAGAUGUACAACGACGACCUCAUCCACUUCUCCAACUCGGAGAACUGCAAAGAGCUGCAGCUGGAGAAGCACAAGGGUGAGAUCCUGGGUGUGGUGGUGGUGGAGUCGGGCUGGGGCUCCAUCCUGCCCACCGUGAUCCUGGCCAACAUGAUGAAUGGAGGUCCAGCUGCCCGCUCGGGGAAGCUGAGCAUCGGUGACCAGAUCAUGUCCAUCAACGGCACCAGCCUGGUGGGGCUGCCGCUCGCCACCUGUCAGGGCAUCAUCAAGGGUCUGAAGAACCAGACACAGGUGAAGCUGAACAUCGUCAGCUGCCCGCCGGUCACCACCGUCCUCAUCAAGCGGCCGGACCUCAAGUACCAGCUGGGCUUCAGCGUGCAGAACGGCAUCAUCUGCAGCCUCAUGCGCGGGGGCAUCGCGGAGCGGGGCGGCGUCCGCGUGGGCCACCGCAUCAUCGAGAUCAACGGGCAGAGCGUGGUGGCCACGGCCCAUGAGAAGAUCGUCCAGGCGCUGUCCAACUCGGUGGGAGAGAUCCACAUGAAGACCAUGCCUGCCGCCAUGUUCAGGCUCCUCACAGGCCAGGAGACCCCGUUGUACAUCUAGGCUGCCCGCCUGCACCCCAAGGAGUGGGAGCCGGACCCAGGACCCGACCCCUGAACCCACAGCCCACCUGAUGACACUGGCUCCUCCGAAGGGCAUGCCCUCACCACCCACUUUUUUUUUUUU